GCUAACUCAAACUGAAACUCACUUUCAGUUCAGUUGAAUUUGAAGUCUUACAACUUAAAGUUCGCCACAAAUGAAGUUGAGGCAUAUUUUCCAACCGCGCUACAAACGCUUAGUGAACGGCAUUUAUCCACGAAAUCCCUAUGAGGGCUUAAAAAUUAAUAGGCUGAAGCGCAUGCUGAUUUACGCUUAUGCACAGCCUCAACACUUCAAUCAAGUUCUAAUGUACUUGGCGAUAAAAUUGAAAAAAUUUGCUCUAAUUGACGAGGAUGCGUACAUCAAACUAACAUUGGAGGCGCUUAACUCGGUGGUGUUUGGCGUAAUGGCGAAAAUUGUCUUAUAAUGGUGUGUGUAAUCUCCAGUGAUUCUACAAAGUGUCGAAGCCUAUUGAUUCCAGCUGGCUGACUGAAUACUCGUCAAACAGCCAGAGAACUUUUGGAUAGAGCGUGAGAAGGAUAAUGUGUUUUUCAAAUAUAAAAAUAAAAUUGGAAAGUAAAUUUAUCAUGGCAAGAAGCGCAAAUGA